CGCCCCUUUGUCUUUGCCCUCCUUCCUUGUCCCCUCCCAUCCCCUCCCCUCCCUCCGGCCGAAUCAAUCUGACAAAAUCCAAUCCUCAAAAUCCUAAAAUCUCGCAAGCAUGGCAAUAAAGUCAGCCAGCAUCUCGUGUUUUCUCCGGUGCGGCUCCGCCGCCGGCGCCGUUAGGCCAUCCGUAUGGGCGCGCAGCGCCCGUUUCCUCGGCCGCGACAGCCGUACCGAUGGAACCGGCUCGAAGCUGUACUGCAGCGCCCCUACUCCCUGGAGCUACGCUCACAACUUCGACUCAGACUCGGAAUCCAUGCCGCCUGGCCCUUGGUGGGGCGAGGCGCUGCUCGAAGAAGACGCCGAGUUUUUUCCUCUUGCCGAUUUUAUUCCAGUUGGACAGGGCAGGAAAGAACUAGAUGCUAUAUGGCAUGCCCUCGUCGCUGGCCCGCUCGAAUCCAUCAUCCUCACGCUGCGCGAGAUCAUGGCCGCCGGCAACUUGUUCCGCUGCCGCAGCUUCCAUGUCGGCACUCUCUCAGGUGCUUUGCUAGUUCUUGCUGCGUUUUGCCAACUCUGCAAAACGACACCUACCCUUUUCAUGGACAUUGUUCUUGGGUAUGUGUUCUACAAGCUAAGUGUUUUAUCUGCUCAGUUGCAAAAAGAUGGCAGGUCAUUUAGCAUAUGUGCACGGAUACAGCUAGUUCUUCUACUUAUUUUGUCUUUCAAGGAUAACAGUGCAUUUCAGGGUUUCUACCGCUUUCUUGUGGAAUUGAUCUGGGCGCUCAAUAUUUACAUGUAUUUCAUUAUGGCCUAUGAGGCGACCGUCGGUGUGAAGCAUGGAAGACUCUAUUGGCUUGCAAUCUAUAGAUGGAUGCAGACGAAAGGAGGCCUGACGAAGGUGCUGAAGCAUACAUUUCUUGAUAUCUUUGGAGGAAAUAAGAAGCCAGUCUCGAUAAAAAGAAGGAAUAGAAAUCGGCAGUAGGGAGAUGCAAAUAGGGUGCUCUGCUCAAACUUUUCUUCCUGUGUCUAGGCAUAUAUAGUUAUGGUAGUAGGCUCACGGUGUACGCUUCUGGUUCUGGAGAACCUGUUCUGCAUUUCCAUGGAAUGCUGGAGCUUCUUUUUGUUGACAAGGUUUCAGCGAAGUUGGUCAAUCACAUCGUGUUUAUGUUGAAA